AUGUUUCAUCGCGUAGGUGAUAUGAGAGCUGAGAAAGCUCUAAAACGAUACAAGGAUGAAACCAUCCGAGUGGUAUCUGUCCUGGACAAGGCACUUAGCGGGAGAGAAUAUCUUGUUGGUGACAAGUGUACUUUUGCUGACUUGGCUUUUGUUCCUUGGGCAUCGCUCAUACCCUACAUCUUCGGCGAUGAUGUAGCGGAUUUACAGCUUGACAAGAAGUAUCCCGCCUAUACUGCCUGGUACAAGGCAACCUCGGACCGGGCUUCUGUGCAGAAGAUGUUUAGGGAUAGUCAGGCUGCUAUGGCUGCUGCCGCAUAG